GCAGCCCCUAAGAUGGCGGAGAGGGGGACGGUGAAGGUUGUCGCCUGCCCGUCCGGGCUCUAAUCUGCCGUGUCCCCGUCCCCCCGGCGGCCAGCCCAUGGCCUGGCGGAGGCCCGGACCAUGGACCUCCGCACCGCCGUGUACAACGCCGCCCGCGACGGCAAGCUGCAGCUGCUCCAGAAGCUGCUCAGCGGCCGGAGCCGGGAGGAGCUGGACGAGCUGACGGGCGAGGUGGCCGGCGGGGGGACGCCGCUGCUCAUCGCCGCCCGCUACGGCCACCUGGACGUCGUGGAGUACCUGGUGGACCGGUGCGGCGCGAGCGUGGAGGCCGGCGGCUCGGUGCACUUCGAUGGCGAGACCAUCGAGGGCGCGCCGCCGCUGUGGGCCGCCUCGGCCGCCGGCCACCUGGACGUGGUGCGGAGCCUGCUGCAACGCGGGGCCUCCGUGAACCGCACCACGCGCACCAACUCCACGCCCCUGCGCGCCGCCUGCUUCGACGGCCACCUGGAGGUGGUGCGCUACCUGGUGGGCGAGCACCAGGCCGACCUGGAGGUGGCCAACCGGCACGGGCACACGUGCCUCAUGAUCUCGUGCUACAAGGGCCACCGCGAGAUCGCCCGCUACCUGCUGGAGCAGGGCGCCCAGGUGAACCGGCGCAGCGCCAAGGGCAACACGGCCCUGCACGACUGCGCCGAGUCCGGCAGCCUGGAGAUCCUGCAGCUGCUGCUGGGCUGCAACGCCCGCAUGGAGCGCGACGGCUACGGCAUGACCCCCCUACUGGCAGCCAGCGUGACGGGCCACACCAAUAUCGUGGAGUACCUCAUCCAGGAGCAGCCUGGCCAGGAGCAGGCCGCCGGGGGAGAGGCCCGACCAGGGCUGUCCUCAGAAGGUCCCUCCACCAGCCAGGGGUGUGUGCAGCCCCAGGGGGCUCAUCACUGCAGCUCUUCCCUGGAGGAACCCCUGAACGGUGAAUCUUACGAAUGCUGUUGCCCCACCAGCCGGGAAGCUGCUGUGGAAGCCUUGGAAUUGCUAGGAGCCACGUAUGUGGAUAAGAAGCGAGAUCUGCUGGGAGCCCUUAAACACUGGCGACGGGCCAUGGAGCUGCGUCACCAGGGGGGCGAAUACCUGCCCAAACCUGAACCCCAGCAGCUGGUCCUGGCCUAUGACUAUUCCAGAGAGGUGAACACCACAGAGGAAUUGGAAGCGCUGAUCACUGACCCGGAUGAGAUGCGCAUGCAGGCCCUGUUGAUCCGGGAACGCAUCCUGGGCCCCUCUCACCCGGACACUUCCUAUUAUAUCCGUUACCGAGGCGCAGUGUAUGCUGAUUCCGGCAAUUUUGAGCGCUGCAUCCGCUUGUGGAAGUAUGCCCUGGACAUGCAGCAGAACAACUUGGAGCCCCUGAGCCCCAUGACCGCCAGCAGCUUCCUGUCCUUUGCUGAACUCUUCUCUUACGUGCUGCAGGACCGGGCGGCCAAGGGCAGCCUAGGCACACAAAUCGGCUUUACAGACCUCAUGGGGGUGCUCAGCAAAGGGGUCCGGGAAGUGGAGCGGGCCCUGCAGCUGCCCAAGGAACCUGGGGACUCAGCCCAGUUCACCAAGGCCCUGGCCAUCAUCCUCCACCUGCUCUACUUGUUGGAGAAAGUAGAGUGCACCCCCAGCCAGGAGCACCUGAAGCACCAGACGGUCUACCGCCUGCUCAAGUGUGCGCCCAGGGGCAAGAACGGUUACACCCCCUUGCACAUGGCCGUGGACAAGGAGACCACAAAUGUGGGUCGCUACCCAGUGGGCAGAUUCCCCUCCCUGCAUGUGGUCAAAGUGCUGCUGGACUGUGGGGCUGACCCGGACAGCAGGGACUUUGACAACAACACCCCACUGCACAUAGCAGCCCAGAACAACUGCCCGGCCAUCAUGGAUGUCCUCAUCGAAGCCGGGGCCCACAUGGACGCCACCAACGCCUUCAAGAAGACAGCCUAUGAGCUGCUGGACGAGAAGCUGCUGGCCAAGAGUAGCAUGUUGCCCUUCAACUAUGUAACCCUGCAGUGCCUUGCUGCCCGGGCCUUGGACAAGAACAAGAUCCCCUACAAGGGCUUCAUCCCAGAAGAGCUGGAGGCUUUCAUCGAACUGCACUAACCUGCUUAGGGCGUUAUACCCUCGUCUCUCCCCCCGUGUUCUCAGAAGGGAGAGGUGGGGAAGGUGUGAGCAGAUGCUCGCCUUUGCCUUCUCUAAAUGGGCACCAAACAGGAGAAGGGCUCUUCCACCUAACGUCCCCUUCACCUGUAGACAGGGAAGACAGUGUCAGCAAGCUGUUGGUGCUAGAAGCCUUCAGAUCCUGUGCUAGGAGGACUGUUUGUCUCCAGGAGCGCACCCACCCAUCCUGAGUUGGGAAAAGAUGCAAGACCUUCCCUGCAUCCCCUCUGCCUAGGUUCAGAGGCCUUUGCCUUCUUGCCCAGAGGCAGAGGGACUACCCGCCUUCCCUGCUGGAAACACAGGAAGAGGUGGAGGGUCAGUCCACCCUUCCUUGCCCCUUACAAGGCCGAGUGCACCCAGCUGCUGCAUACAGUGUUAGGACUGGGGGCUCCCAAGGUUGCAAGUUCAAAAGUCAAGAAGCAAGAACACCUCUCAUUUCUUCCAGCACUCCACAGUCACAGGCAUGCACGUGGGCAGGGCUGUGCCCGGGGCAGCCUGCCACUUAUGUAGCUUUCAGUUGGUUUGAUGUUCUGUUUAUUUCAUAGGUGGGCAGGUUACAAGCUCUGCACAGAAGUUCUGAGAUUUUGCUGCCAGUUUUUGUUUUUUUGGUUUUUCUUUUUUAAGGAAUUUUGCUUGUCAGACUCCGUAAGUUAAUUUCAAGCAAUGAGCAUUUGGGGGUGUCUGAGAUGCCCGAGACUGUCAGGGAGUGAGCUUUGUUGUGUGAAGAAUCUGGCAAGCAAGGUAAAAGCCCUCGGGAUUGGUCCCUAAAACGUGCGUGAUGUACAUUUUUGUAAAACUUUGCCCUUUGGCCUUUUACAGGCCCUCCAGCUUCCCAUUCUCAUUUAGAAAGACAACUGUUUUCCCCAGCAAGGAACAGGUCAAGUGCCACAGGAGCGAUAAAGCUUGACACCACCGUGCCACCCAGGAAGAACUAGCAUGGUUGGUUGGGGUUUGGGUUGUCACGGUUUCCAAAUCAAAACUUCAGGCCAAUUCAGCCUCGCAAAUCACAUACAGUCUCCUGUUUUGUGGCGGACAUAUCCCUGAGUGGCCCUAGCCAUUUUUCAGCUGCUCUGAGGACCUGAAUUCAGGUCUUCCAGAGAAAAGCCCGCACGUGGCACGAACUCAGAAAAUCCACUAAGACACAGUGGAUGUCAAGCCCAAGUUGCUGAUUAAAGUUUGCACAAAAUCUUGGUUUCCCAUCACUCAGGGUGUCGGUGCUAGAGGAUCUGCCCCAGCAAGAUUUGUCUCAGGAGUGAGGCCACCAAGGGCCUGGCAGACAGGAGCAGAUUCUUGGUGUGUCGGAAGCAGAAGGGAACCAGCUGCCCCAACAGCUCAGCAGGAAGGUCGAGUCCAGGAAAGGAGCUUCUCUCUCUCCCCGCAGCCACCUCAUGUGGCAGCCACAGACGGGCCCCCGAGAGGUGACAGUGGGGACCUGGAUGUCUUGCCCCUUGAAGGAAGCUAGCUCUCGUUUGGAUUUGCAGUGUUAAUUAGGAAAUUAUUUAUUUACAAGACAAGGUUUGAACUUGGUCAAGGUGGGAAGCAUAGUUCCUGUCCCUUCCAAAGCACAGAACAGAGAAGUGAGACCAUUUCCAUUGUAAGUCUCAGUGCUGAUAUUUAAGUCAUUAAAGAAAAGGUAUUUGAA